CAAAACAGCAGCAGGAGAAGCAGCAUUAGCGGAGCCUUACUCAACCCUGCGAGAAAAAAGCUCGAUGACAAAACUCCCAUCUUAUUACCGCUCCUCAUAACCUGCAUGUCUUGAAAGAUGAAGCACUAGUGAAUUUAUCCCAACUCGUUCUGGAAGACUUUGUGCGUUUUAUGGGAAUUAAAAACAAAGGCCCGUGUUUGGAGUGAUGAGCUUUAGCCUGUUAGCCCGACAGCUUCAACCUCCAGCUGACAGAAACCUCCACAUCUCAGCCAAAAACAACCUAUUAAUCUGCUUGCAUGCAGAGAAUGGACUGAAGACAGCUCAGACAGCCAUAAUUGACUAGAUGAACAAAUCAAGCUGGAGGCAGGCUCAGCGGAGAGUUCAACAUGAAGUUGUAUGUGUUUCAAGUCAACAACGGAAGCACAUUGACAUUUGACACUGAACUUGCUGUCCAAACUGUUUUGGACCUUAAACAUGCCGUUCAGGCCAAAUAUAAAAUUGCAGUCCAGCACCAGGUGCUGGUGGUCAAUGGAGGCGAGUGUAUGGUGGCAGAGAGGCGCGUGUGCAGCUACAGUGCCGGAACGGACACCAACCCGAUCUUCUUAUUCAACAAAGAGAUGAUCCUGUCUGACCGAGCUCCAACCAUCCCCAAAACGACCUUCUCAAUAGAGAAUGAGAUGGAGCUGAAGGUGGAGGAGUCACUCAUGAUGCCUGCCGUCUUUCACACCGUCGCCUCCCGCACUCAGCUGGCUGUGGAAAUGUUUGAGGUUGCCAAGAAGCUUUGCUUGUUCUGUGAGCGUCUGGUCCAUGAUGAACACCUUCAGCACCAGGGAUGGGCGGCCAUCAUGGCUAACCUGGACGAUUGCACCCUAUCCUAUCAAAAACUCCUCAUGAAAUUCGACACUGCUUAUACAAAUUACCAACAGUAUUUUGAAGACAUCAAAUUAAAACUCACAAAGCUUGGCACUGCUGUCUCAGUCAUGGCGAAGAUUCCACUGCUUGAGUGUUUGACUCGGCAGAGCUACAGAGAAAGCUUGGAGAAGUCCAGCUCCCCUCACUCGAGAACCACAGAUGAAGACGAGAAUGAGGAUGAAGUAGGAGAAACAUCCACCCAGUCUGCUAUCCUCUGUCCCGCUGACAGCCAUAAGAAUCGGAAGUCACCCUCGCCGGUCUCUGCUUCAGGGGAAGCGUCGUCCCAGGCGUCCUUCUCUCCUCAGGACAGACUGAAGAGCAGCUGUAGUCUAAAAGCAGCUCUAGAGGAAGAGGAGGAGUCUCCGGAGAGGGGAGCCACACCCUCUUUCAAUGUCACGCUCUUGGAUUGGAUCAACGUUCAGGACAGACCUAACGAUGUGGAGUCAGUAGUGAGGAAGUGUUUUGACUCAAUCAACAGGCUCGACCCACGAAUUAUCCAACCCUUUCUAUCUGAUUGCCGCGAGACGAUUACCAAAUUGGAUAAUCAGAACAUGAAGGCCAUCAAAGGACUUGAAGACAGAUUGUAUGCUCUUGACCAAAUGAUAGCAAGCUGUAAACGGUUGGUCAAUGAACAGCAGGAACUUGCUCAGGGAUUUCUUGCCAAUCAGAAGAGGGCUGAAAACCUGAAGGACACUUCGGUGCUGCCUGACCUGUGUCUGAGUCACGCCAACCAGCUGAUGAUCAUGCUGACCAAUCACAGGAAACUACUAGACAUCAAGCAGAAGUGUACCACUGCCAAACAGGAGCUCGCCAACAACCUUCAAGUUCGUCUCAAAUGGUGCUGCUACGUGAUGCUUCACGCUGAUCAGGAUGGAGAGAAGCUGCAGGCUCUCCUGAGGCUGCUGACGGAGCUGCUGGAGCGCGUGCGGGUGGUGGAGGCGCUCAGCACUGUGCCACAGAUGUACUGUCUCGCCGUAGUGGAGGUGGUCAGACGCAAAAUGUUUAUAGGACACUACAGACAAUGGGCCAAUGCUCUUGUGAAAGAUGGGAAAAACCUCUAUGAGGCAGAAAAAGUAAAAAGGGAAUGCUUUGGGAAGCUCUUCAGGAAAUCGUUCCUCAGAAACCGGUUGUUUCGAGGACUGGACUCAUGGCCACCCUCUUCGUUUUGCACCCGAAAGCCUCGAAAGUUUGACUUUGAGCUUCCAGAUAUUUCCCUGAGUGACCUGCAGUAUCUCAAGUCCUGUUGUCCUUCCGAGGUUCAGCCUUACCUCAGGGUCCCAACACUAUGUGACUUUGAGCCUCUUAACCAGCAUGUUGCGGUUCUUCAUCAGCUGGUUCAGGCUGCGCAGAGUGUGGACGAGAUGUCACAAACUAUCACAGACCUACUAAAUGAACAAAAGUUUUCCUGUAGCCAGAGUGCUCAAAGAUUCACCGCAUUAACACCCAGAUCUGAAAGCACAACUGAAAUCACCUCUACCUCCACCAAAACUUUGUCCACCAAAACUUUGUCCACUCUCAGUUUAAAAGCACCGGACUGCCAACCCCUGGCACUUCCUGGUCACUUGGAGGACCUAUCACCUGACAGCAUAGAUGCCCAGACUUUUGACUUUGAAACCAUUGGGCAUCCCAAUAUGGAUCCUGUAUUACAGCAAGGCUCGUUGGACUUGGACUCGUUGGCAGAAAGUCCUGAGUCGGAUUUCAUGUCAGCAGUUAAUGAGUUUGUUAUUGAGGAGAACUUGAUGUCACCUAAUCCCAUAAGUGAUCCCACAAGCCCAGAGAUGAUGGUGGAGUCUCUUUACUCCUCUGUCAUUAAUGCAAUCGAUAGCAAGCGUAUACAGGACACUACUACACUUGAGAAGGAAAAUUCAAAGAUUGCAGUACUCAAGCUGUCAGCAGACAGGUACCGUUCUGCUGCGGAAGAGUCCCAGAACAAUUUGAGGAAAGUUAAAGAAGACCUUUAUCACUUUCGAGGUCUUGUUCUGAAAGAGCAAAGAGACUUUGGAUUCGCCCUGAAAACAAUGACCAUUGAGGUCCGAAACACUCUCAACAGUGUCAGAUACUGUCACGAGGAGGAGCUGAGAGAAACGCAACAAACCGCUCUCCAGAAUUUAAAGGAUGAUCAUGAAAAGCAGAUACAAACUCUCACGGAAGAGCUUGAAGGCAAUCGGAAGAUUGUUCGAGAUGUCCAGAGAGCAAUGCUAGAAUUGGAGGGGCUCGUGGAGCGCAAGGAGAAGGAAAUAUCCCAGCUGGAGAGUGAGAGGGAACGCUCUAUGCAAGAACUUCAAGAUCUUCACAAGCAAACUGUGCAGGACCUUGAGGAGAAGAUCUUGAAGCAAAGUGAAGAACUGAAAGCUACAUUGCUGUCCAAGGACGAACUCGCUGGGCAGCUGGAGAACCUUCACUUUGAGAUCGAGCACGGCCAACAGAAAAUCAGACAGGAGAUGGAGAAGGCAGAGAAGGUGCACCUUCAGGAACUGGAGGCACAGUUGAAACAACAACAUGAAGCAGAGCUGGAAUCUCUCAGAUUGGAAAAAGAAAGUGCACUUGACAAACUUGUCCAGGAGAACCUGUUGAAGCUAAGAGAUCUGGUGGAUUCCCAUUCUGCUGAACUCAAGGAACGCGAGGGACGCUUGAAAGACUUGGAGGCUCGCAUCACAGAACUUGCAGAUGCCCGCUGCAAACUGGAAGUGGAGAUGGCUCUUAAAGAGGCCGAAAUGGAGGACAUGGGACUCCAGUACGAGGAGGCCAAAAGUACCCAAGAGGAGGUGUUGAGAGCGGAGCUUGCUACCCAAACAGCCACCUUGCAAUCGCAGAUCGACAUGUUGAACCACCAGCUCCAGCAGAAGAACGAAGACUACGAGGUGGGCCUGGCCGAGCUCCGAGCACUCAUGAGGUUGGAGAAGGACCACUGCAUCUCUGAACUCGUGGAUCGGCAUGAAGAGGAGAACACCCUGCUCCGCCAAGAGUUUUCAGCACUCAAGCAGAAGUCGCAGGAUGCGGAGAAAGACUGCGAAGAACGAGUCCAGAAGAUCCAGCGCGAUCUCCAGGAUCAGUUUGAUGCCUUACAGAGGGAAAAGGAGGAUGAGCAGAGGGCUUUCCAGGAGAAAGAGCAAGAGCUUAAGACUGUUAUCGGAGACCUGCAGGCAGAAAACUCACUACUAUUGGGAAGACUGGAGCGGGAGAGGGUGGAGGCCCUGCAGAGAGCGGAGAAGGAGAAAGAGGAGGCAGUCAAAGCUGCAUUACAAGAGGCCUUAAGAGACUUUCAACUCCAAAAAGAGGAGACUGAGACAAGACUGUUAGGACAAAUUGAGCUACUUGAAAAUCAGCUCAAAGACAGACAAUCCACUGACAUAGUGGGACCUACUGUAGAAAAGACGGAGACUGGUAUGGAAACCAGUGCUGCAUUGUCACUGGACAGUGGCCAGUGGACCGAGGAAAGGGUAUCGCUCCUGGCCAAACUAGAGCUCCUGGAACGCACAAAGAACGAGGAGAUGCAGAACCUGAAGACCUCGCUCAUUGCUGAGCAGCAGACAAACUUCAAUACUGUUCUGACCCGGGAGAAACUAAAGAAAGAACAAAUCAUCAGUGAUCUCACCGAGAAGCUCAAAAACUUGGCACAGCAACAAGAGAAAAAUGAAGGCCUGAUCGAAACGCUCUCUGAGGACCGUGCCUCCAUCCUUCAGGAGAAGAAGCAGAUGGAGGAGGAACUCAACUGUCUGCGAAGCACCGUCCUCGUAUCUUCAUCCUUCUUUCCUCCCAAUCCCAUCCCAGUCGUAACGGAAGCUCACGGUGCCUGUGGCCCCGCCCAUGUGAAAGUCCUCUCGCUGUCCACCCCUGAUCCAGAGAGAUUGGCGUCUGUGGCUGCGUUCAAGGACGAGGAGUGGGUGGAGUCAGCCGUGGAGGCCAGCAUGAUGACAGUGCAUGACAACCCUAUGCUGUCUGAAGAGAAACAGCGCAUACUGAUUUUGGAAAGGACUUUACAUAUGAAGGAGGAAGAGAACAAAAGACUUAGUCAAAGAUUGAUGUCACAGAGUAUGUCGUCCGUCUCGUCACGGCACUCGGAGAAAAUCGCCAUUCGAGAUUUUCAGGUGGGCGACUUGGUUCUCAUAAUCCUGGACGAGAGGCACGAUAAUUACGUUCUCUUCACUGUUGGUCCCACCCUUUAUUUCCUGCACUCAGAGUCCCUCACUUCACUGGACCUCAAACCAGCAACAGGAGAAACAAGACGGCCGUGGGUUCUAGGAAAAGUCAUGGAGAAGGAAUAUUGCCAAGCCAAAAAGGCCCAAAACCGGUUCAAAGUUCCUCUCGGCACUAAAUUCUACAGAGUAAAGGCCGUACCAUGGAACAAGAAAGUGUAAUCAUGUACAAAUUGAUCAUAUUGUAAUGAGCUCAGUAUGUUUUUAUUGCUUUUUUUAAGCAAACUCGCUCAUCCUUGGUGGAUUUAUCGACAUCAGAAGACAAAAUAAUUUUUCCCCUUUUUUUUUAAAUUUAUUUAUUUUUUUUUACCUCUUGCAAACCAUUUUAGCAAAUUUUUUUUUAGCAAAACCAGAGGAUUUGUAAAUGUGGACCAAAUGAUUCUAACUUUAUCGGGGCAUUGCCUCCAUGUGCGAUGGCUCUGAAGCCGUCACAACAAGUCUGUAAAAAUGGACAAAAUGUAUUUGGAUGUUACAUAUUAGUUCAUCAUUAAUAUUAUGGUCGGGUUAGGGGGGAAGCACUAUCAUGAUCAGCUUACUUAUUUCAGAAGGUUAUGAAAAUAUAAAUUUAUUGUAAAUGUUACCAGAGGAAUGGUCAUGGCAUGCAUAUAGAUAAUAUUUUCUUUAAUUUACUUGUCUGGAUAUGCAUUGUAGUCGGAGGUAUCAGUAAAAACCUGCUGAUUGUUACUCGCAUCACAGUACAACCCGUCUGUUUAUUAUGACGUACAUUUGGACGGCUGCCGCAGAGGACUCGCAAUCCUUCAGAAGCACUUUCGGGAAAAAAAUACGAUGCUUUUGUCGAUUCAAAAGUGAGGUUUGUGCUGUUGAAAACAAGCGUCAGAAGAAAAGCAGCACAUAUCUUCCCUCUGUUGUAGGAUGUUGAAAUAUAGAAAGUAAUAUUUCAUGUUUGUGAAUGUGUGUCUUUAUUGAAUUUAACGACAACAUUGUAUAUUAUUCAUCUGAUCACACAGUAACAAAAAAGGACUGUAUUGUAAAAGAAUUUAGAGUUUUCAAAACAAUAAAGGUUUGAUCCCAAACUCCUCACGGUGGAUUGCAUUA